AUGAUAUCGUUCUUCUCAAAACUCUCUCUAAAUAACUCACAAAAGCCGCCAGUGGAGCUCGCGAAGCCAGCUUAUAUGGACAAAAGUGCGACACUACAGGAGUUAGGGUAUAGAGAUGAGAACGACUUGAAAGAAACAAUAUACGACUUUUUGCGGACGAUACGGGACCCUGAAAAGCCGAGUACGCUCGAAGAUUUGAAGGUGGUUUAUGAAGAGGGAAUUUUUGUGAAGGAGCCUACUGCCGAUAAAGUUCCCGUGUUACGAGUGGAGUACAAUCCUACAGUGCCUCAUUGUUCGCUGGCGACGCUAAUAGGGCUGUGCAUUCGUAUAAAGAUACAGCGUUCGAUACACCAUCCUGUGAAAUUGGAUAUUUAUAUCAAGAAAGGCGCACAUACCACUGAAGAUGAAAUUAACAAACAAAUCAACGACAAAGAGAGGAUUGCAGCUGCAAUGGAGAACCCGAACUUGAGGAAUCUUGUUGAAAACUGUAUUGCUGACGAAGAAUAA